UUAUUUUAUCGACUGUUUCAGCCUUCUACCGGCAGUACAAUCCGGGUUCUCUUCAAGGUUGCAUCGCAUUAGUCUUGUACUCUGCAAAAAUGGACGGGAGGGACAAAACGUUCAAGCAGAAAGUCGAUGAUUUUAUGAAAUUCUUAUGGAAUUCAGAAGAGAAGAAAGUAAUGGGCCGCUCUGGCAGGAGCUGGGCUGAGAUUGGUUUCUUCUAUCUGAUAUUCUAUGCCUGUUUAGCUGGAUUCUUUGCUGCUUUAAUAGCUGUAUUUUAUCAGACCAUAGAUGAGAAAUACCCUAAAUUAAUGGGAACUGACAGUUUAUUGAAGGCCAACCCAGGGAUGGGAUACAAACCUAAGCCGGACAUUGAUUCAACCUUGAUUAGAUAUGCCAAGAAUGAACCAGAUACAUAUUCUGUAUUUACCACAGAGUUAAAUGGAUUUUUAGACAUGUAUGCCAACCAGAGUAGUCAUGUAGAAUGUAAUACAACUGAGCUAAGACCUAAUGCUGAUUUACCUUGUAAAGUUGAUAUUGCUGCUCUAACCCAGAACUGUUCCAGUGCCAAUAAAUUUGGUUUCCCUGAUGGUGAACCCUGUAUUUUAUUGAAACUCAACAAAAUCUUUGAUUGGACCCCAGAGUUAUAUGAUCCUGCAGCUUUGCCGGACAGUAUGCCUCAAGAUGUGAAAGAUAUCUACUCUUCUGAAAAUCAGAUCUGGAUCUCUUGUGAAGGCGAGAACCCAGGAGACAGUCAGAACAUGGGCACACCUCACUUCUUCCCUUCCCAGGGUUUUAGUUUGAAAUUCUUCCCCUACAUGAACCAGAAGGGAUACCUAGCUCCUAUCGUAUUUGUCAAAUUUGUUGGAGUCCAGAGAAAUAUUGGUCUUAUGAUUGAAUGCAAAGCCUGGGCUAAAAAUAUUCAACAUAACCGUUUGAAGAAAGAAGGCAGUGUCCAUUUCGAACUUCUUGUAGACUAAUAUACAGCAUAAUUUAGCUUUAAUUUUACUAUCUGAACAAGUCUAUACUUCACCUCAAAAUUGAUAUUUGGUUUUCAAAAUUAAAAAGUUAAAACAAUAUAUAGAUUAUAUUUAUAUGUCCAUAGUAUAAAUUUGUUAAAUUGAUAAAAUUAUUUGUAAAAUUAGAAAUUUGAGGAUCGAAUCUACUUUUGUCACAAUUCUCUUGUGUUUUUCCUUUUUUUUUUUAAAUUUCCACCUUCACUCAAGACCAGCAAUUUUCAUUUUCAAAUAAUUCAUAUAUUAUAUGUUUAGAUGAUAUAUGUGCAAAUGUUAGUUUUGUUUUUAAAUUCUGUGUCCAGUAUUCCUAUGCCUAAUUGAGUUGUGGGUUUAGCCAGCAAAUAAUACUGUAAAUUCUGUUCUAAGACAAAUAUGUCUUAGUACUCUUUGAAGGGAAUCCAGGUCAAUUCCAGUAUUAUUUUCUGACUAUUCCCAGUGUAAGAAUGGAGAGAUGAAAGCUGUGUGAGUGAGAAUGAGAAGGGGUGGGUUUGAAUAUGAGUGUGUUUAUAUAACCUAAUGCUGGUUAAAUGCUCUCACAUGCAUACCCACCCUUAUUUAGAAAUUAUUGUAAAGAAAUUGUUUUUAAUAUGGAGAUUUUAUUUCAUGUAUAAAUGUAGACUCAAUAAAACUCAUUAUUUUGGGAGAUUUUUUUAUGUUCAUGAUUUGAUGCAGGCAUUUGUCCAGUUAUUGUGUAGUAGUCUAUAGACAUAGCAAUUCUUUCUUGUCUAAAGUUUCUGAGUUAAUUGCAAAUCAAAUUUUCAUAAAACUGAAUGAUAGAACAGCAAUGAGUCGAAUUGCAUUUUACACAAAUCAUUUCAUGCUGAUUUGUUUUGCAUUUAAUAGCUUCUUUGCUCUAUUUUGUAACCAACUAUUCUGCAUAUAACUGAUGUAAAUUUAGACAAAAUGUAAAAAUAAAUUGUAAAAUUUAAAUGUUUUGUCGGGGGGAGUUGAUCACUGAGAGAUUGUUGUGCAAUUGUAAAUCUUAAUGCAUUCCCGAUGAUGUAUUGAGUUCAAUGACCUUUCCUUCUGGUGCUGAUUAUUUGAGAGAAUGAAUUCAUGUAGUUGUAUGGACAAGUAAUAAUUAUUGGUUCAUAGUUUGAAAUACUCUGUUAACUCUCCCAACUUUGAAAGUCACCUCAAUUUGUGUAAAUUUAUUAUCCUUUCACAUUCAGUUAAUAAAAAAUUUGAUUUUAAACAUC